UUCGACCCCAAAUGGGGUCCCGACCCACAGGUUGAGAACCACUGCUCUAGAAAGAAAAGAGAUACUGAAUAUUACAGCAUUCUUGGCAAAACAGAAUAGUGAUGUAAUUAUGCUAUAAAUAACAUUUAGUUCUGGAUAAGUUUGUCCAGUGGACUAUCAAAGAUUAUUAAAGAAUCAAUCCACCAGUUCCCUAAGUGGCACUCAAGGAGCCUUAAGAUUAAUUUAAACAUUUGGAAUAUCCUCCAAUUCCCAGAUCUAGUAAGAAUUCACUCAGUUUGUAGGAUGGUUCAGUGAAAAUGUAAAAUCGUAUAAGUUCUCAGCCAUUAAAAUGUGUUUAAAAAGCAUUUUCAACCUUGGCAACUUUAAGAUGGGUGGACUUCAUUCAAGCAUGCUGGCUGGGAAAAUCUGGGAGUUGAAAUCCACUCGCCUUAAAAGUUGCUAAAGUCGAGCAACCCUGCUUUAAAUUGUUUUUUACUUUCUGCUAAAAAAGAUUGUUGGAUUGUCAUCAAAAGGAUAUUCUGCAAAGAACGCUUCCUGAAGUACCACAACUUAAAUACAUAGCAAAACAACCCGCAUCCUUGAUUUUUGUGUCCCGCUUAAGUCUGAAAUGCGCGCUAGCUUGAAACAAACUACAAGCACCAGAAUCCUCCAGUGCUCAACACCUGCAAGCCGCGUCCCGCCUAUUUGUGAAAGUAGGAGGGACGCGCCGAGAGAAAGAGAUGAGAAUGGAACGAGGGGAGGACGCGCCAGCUGCACAGAAGGCUACUUCGUACGCGUGGGCUUCCUCGCAACAGCCACUUCCCCCCAGCAGCCGAGGCAAAUGGGUUCGGCUGAAUGUCGGGGGCACCGUUUUCUUAACCACCAAGCAGACCUUAUGCCGCGAGCAGAAAUCCUUCCUCUGCCGCCUGUGCCAGGGAGAAGAGCUGCAAUCAGAUCGGGAUGAGACAGGCGCAUAUCUCAUAGAUCGAGACCCAACUUAUUUUGGACCUAUUCUUAAUUUUCUCCGGCAUGGGAAACUGGUACUGGAUAAAGAUAUGGCUGAGGAAGGAGUUCUGGAAGAAGCAGAAUUCUACAACAUUGGGUCUCUAAUCAGACUAAUAAAAGACAGACUGGAGGAAAAGGAUUACGUCAUAACCCAGGUGCCACCAAAGCAUGUCUACAGAGUGCUGCAGUGUCAGGAGGAAGAGCUCACACAGAUGGUUUCUACAAUGUCAGAUGGGUGGCGCUUUGAACAGUUGGUGAAUAUUGGAUCAUCCUAUAACUAUGGGAAUGAGGAUCAAUCGGAAUUCCUGUGUGUUGUCUCGAAGGAACUGUGCAGCUCACCCUGUGGCCUCUAUUCUGAGUCCAUCCGGAAAGUCAAGGGAAUGGCAGAGGGAACGCAAGGAGCUGUCCCGGCAGCAGAGGAGGGCGAGCCAGCCGGAGCUGCGGCACCAAUGCAUAUUGCAGAGCCAGGGGAUGCCCAGCCAUUGAUGAGGCCCAAGGAGCGGCACCUACUGCCUGCAGCCACGGUGCCGCCUGUUGCAACACAGAAUCCUGAGGAAGACCCAGAACAAGAACUGCAGAAUGAUGAGGAGUUGCAGCUGCAAGAAGUUGAGAGGCAGGAGGAGGCACCAGUGCAAGCAGAAGGUGGAGGAGCUUCAAAAGAGGGUGCAUGGAGUGCCUGUGUGGGCAUCAAGCAAUAUACAAAAGCCUAAGGCUGGUGAGAGGUGGGGGAAAACGGUGCAUUUGGCAGCUGUUGCACUUUUGUCUACACUGUUUGUUUUAAUACUAAAUUUGUAGCAAACUCCAGCAACCCAAGAUUCCACUGAUUCUCUUCAUGUAACCUUUUAGAGGCCUUUUACUUUCUGCUCUUUCCAUUUUACACUCGGUCCCCUUUUCUUGUUAUUUUUUUUUCCUUUGAUGCUCCUUUUCCUCAUGAGCCAAGAAUCCUGCAUUGUAGCCUAGUUUAGACUUUUCCCUUUGGGUCUCUCUUUCCCAUUCUGUUUUGAUAAAAGACAACACAUCAUCUGCACCAUCACACCUUUUAUCUGUGACUCACCCAGCACCUUCCUUUUUCUUGGACUCUUUUUGCUAAGGUAUAGGUAUCUGGACUGAGACCAUUUUGAAUUUGUCUUCCAAAAUAAGCCUCAUGAUUCUGAGAAAUGGAGUAUCACGGUAGAAGAUUAAAGGCGGGAGAAAAGGGGCUGUUAAAUGACUUCUAAACAUACAAAGCAUUUCAUUUAAAAAAUGAAAUGGAGAGUGACCAUUCUGACUUGGCUGUAUCUUUUGUUAUGAGUAGUACUUUUCUACCUCUGUUCUUUGAGAUAUCAUUAACUGGAGAAGCCAGAGAUUGAGUUUGGUUCUCUCUGCAUGCCAAUUAUGUGCUAUGCUUUUGGCAGCUACUCAUCCUUCCAUCACCCUUCUAUUCUUACUUAUAUUGUGAUCUAAAACAAAAACCAAAGUUUUAUAUUGCAAAAAAAUCACCCUGUCUUUGCUGAGGGCAAAUUUUGCAAUCGGCAUCUUCUAUCUUUGUUACUUAACUGUAUCAAGGGAUCUCCUUUUUCUUGCCAAUCUUCCUUCUUUUAUCUGGAACCAGAAUGAUCCGUAAUGUGAUAGCUUCUUCCUGGAUUUGGGAAGGGCUUUGAUAUUGCUUCUGCUGGGAAGAAUGUCUCCUUUCCUACUUGAGUCCUACCUGCUACGGAGAGUACAUUGCCUGUCAGCUCUAUUAUGUAUUCCCUCUACUUUGGUUGUUUUUCAGCUCCAGAUUUUUGUUUUUCCUUUGGCCCUUUCCUUCUCUUUUCUCUUUGUUCCUAUAAAUGCAACAGACCUUCUGCCAUGGUCAUCAAUAGCAGUUUAUUGUUUGUGGAAGUAUCUCCCCAAUGGCUGGGGUCAAACCAGGGCUGGUCUCCAAUGGCACAUCAGUUCAUCAUUUUGUUUCCCCUCCCAAGAUGUCUCCUGAGUCAGUGACCACAACCUGUGCAGCCCUUGUUGCUUCCCUGGGUUGGACCCCAUACAGUAACCACAUGCAUUGGGGCAAAUUGGGGGACAGAAGAGCAGGACACUGCAUUUUGGGGUUUCCUGACUGGAUCCAAACAUGGAAAUAGGCAAAAGGUAUAGGUCCUCUUCUCUUCCCCUUCUAGAUCUUAAUAAGGGGGAAAGCCAGACAAUCAAAUGAAAAAGGGGUGCCCAGUCCCCCCCCCCGUACAAAGUACUCAGGUAUCUCCCCUCAAGACCGGUAGAUGGGAAAAAGAGUGAGUUGUCUCUGGAUGAAGAAGAACACAGUCAUUCCCCAAAUCCAUCAGGUGCUUCUAAAAAAUCAGAUUUUCCUGAGUAUUUCGGGAAAGUUUGUGAACUUCUUGGCCUCAGGAAGCCAGAACCUGUCACUCCCUCAUAUUUCAAGACAUUCAGUGAUGUUCUUGAAGUAGAAAAGGUUUGUGAGGGCUGGCUCUCCAUGGUCUUGAAACCCCAUACUUCCCUUGAGACUGCCCUAGAAUGUCUCAUACCUCUACAGUGAAUGUUCCUGUGGCAGAAGUUGCUUUUCAUUUCACAAACAUGUGAAAGAUGCAUCCACAAAUUCGUGAAGACAGGAAAACAGAUUCCUUCAACACAAAGCAAAUAUGCUCCCAGUUAUAAGAACCAGCGUCUUGUGAGGGAAAAGACAGAAUUUGCUUCUUCCUCUCUUAGGAUAUUUGUGGGUACAAUCAUCCCAUAAGCCAAUAGUACACAAUACAACAAAUAUGUAAGCUUAUUGAAUAAAAGCUUGAAUAUAGUUGUUCAUUUAGUAUAUUUCUCAAUUCUUACAUAGCUAAAUAGAGGUACACAUUACUGAUCAACCCAAUGACCCCAAAUAAUGUAAGCAGAAAUGUUAUCUAAAUAAAUUAUUAGUUACUAAAAGUUGUUUUGAAGGUCCUUGACUGGAUUUCCAAGAGCGGAAAAGACAGUGGGAGAAGUAUGAGGCAAAAGUAUCAAACCAAAUAUAAUAAAUUAGCUCUUACCUGCACUCUUUCCACACAUUCACAGAGAGUUCUCCUUUAUCUCCUGUUUUAUAGCCUAAAAGUAUUGGACCUUGAUCAGCUACUUUUCAUCAAUCUUAUUAUAAAUCUUGUUACAAUUUGGAAAUUGUAGAAAAUAUUUGAGCAGUUCUUAAUUGUGGAAGAUAUUCUUUUUUAUUUUUUAUCCUGUCUUAUUAUUAUAAAAAACUCAAAGCAGCAAAUAUAACUAAUAUUCCUUACUCAUCGUAGUUUCCGAACAAUAAUCUUGUGAGAGAGAGUGACUGGCCAAAAUCACCCAGUCACUUUUAUGUCCAAGGUAGAACUAGAACUUACAAUUUCCCGGUUUCUAGCCUGGGUGCCUUAGCUGCUAGGCCAAACUGGCUCUCUAGUACUUUACAAGUGGCAUUUCUUGGUACUUUUAAUCUUUUCAUCAUUUUUUGAUAUUCAUUGCUUUAGUGUACUCAGUCAUACUAUUGAAUUUCCUUGCAUCUAGGUUUUGGAUGGAUUGUAUAUACUUUAUUAAACUAAAUAUUUAUCAUAUAGUUUAUUAAGCUUAUUACCCGUUAUUAUUAGAAGAGGUCGUUUGCUGGUCAUACAUUCUACAAAAUGUAUACAUUCAAUUGAAAUAGCAAUUUGUCUAUGGAUCAACUAGCUUAAAUCACUUUUCAGUACACCUUUACUACCUCAGUCAUGGCCAAGGCUUCUACUCUGUGAUGCAAAUAGAAAACUGGAUCCAAAUUAUCUCAAGAAAUCAGACUGGGAAAAGAAGAUGCUCAUACAAAUUAUGAACAACUAGCUAAGGCUGCUGCUGCUUUCAUGGUGGAUUCUUAGCCAGAGGUAAGGCAGUUAGUGUUGCCUCAAGGAAGUAAUGGUGGCUCAUAAAUAGGAAGGUAACCCUAAACUCAAAUUGGGCCUAAUAUUGGGUGUGUAUAUAUGGUAACUUUGGUCAAACAGAGGUAAGGACACACCCUAGCAAAAAAGAGUUCUUCAUCAACACUCUGUUCCUGGACCCUUAGCUUUAUGACCACUUUUUGCUAGAAAUAAAUUGUAAUCUUUUUCUUCUGCCCCAAUUCCAAGAUUUAAUUAAAAAGGAUUAGCACAUACUAGACAUUGGAUGACUAGUCAAGAUCUACCUGAGCAAAAUAGAGAAAUUUAAACUCUUUAUUUUUCUUUGGAAGAUUUCUCAGAACUAUAAAGCCACAUUGUUCAUAAUCACCAGAUGGAUCAAAACUGGCAUCAGAUAUUCCCAUGAGACCUAGAACAAGGCUGCCCUAUAGGGAAUUGUAGCCCACUCACCUAGAAAUAGGGCCUCUUUGGCUGCCCUUAAUAGUAGUGCCCAUUUGUGAGACAUAUGUGGAGUUUCCAUGUAGAACUCUGUGUCUUUCUUUAUGAAACAGUGUAAACCUCACUUGUGUCUCUUGGCCAAAAGCAUUAUAAAAAUUACAGAAGAUAGCUCAUAACAAGAACUAGGAUUCCAUCUUCAGAGACAGCAGUGGUAUAUUUCAUGGUAGGAAAACUGUAUAAUGAACUUACUGUGAAUGUUUUUUUACAAUGGGGAUAGAACAUUCAACCCAUCCUAAUAACAUUAGAAAGAGAAAAUAUUUGGCUACAAAGAUCUAUAGUCUAAUGUAUACACUGUUUAUGCACUUCUAAGGUUUUCUUUUCUUCCUUUGUGAUCUGGAAUAUCAGUCCAAAACUGGGGUGGAGAAAGCAAAGUCAGAUAUUUUAUAGCUUUGCCUAUGGAAUGAAUGGGAAGGAAAAACUCUCUUUAGAAUGUCAUUGUCUUUAUUGUAAAAAAGAAAAGAAAAAGACCUUCACUGUAAAUCUAAUUUACUGUUCCUAUUCUCCCACCUAAUAACUUUGAAGACUACAAAGUUAAAUUUGAUAUUCCCAAGGAAACCAAGUUUUGGACUAGAUUACCAGCAGCAAUUCAGUACUGAUUUAAGUACUCUUAAAACCAUUGAUUUCAUCUAUAAUCAGAAUAGAGAAUAUGGUAAUUGGCCUUACCAUUUAAGGUUUUCUAAUACUGUCUGGCUCAUUCUAUAGGAAGAAUAUUGUUAUUGGUCUUUUGUGUAGGGGUACUUAUAUUUACCCUCUUCUCAAUGUAUCUACUUGUCUCAUGGAAUUAACUCUUUGCCGAUGAGCAACGCUGGCCUCUUCCAAGGAAUAUGGGUUUAACACUUACCAGUAGAUGAGCUUUGACUUUUGUUGUAAAGGAAGGAUCAAGGCAUCCCUAAGGCUCAACUCACAGAGCUGUCCUUUCUGUGAUUAUCUGCAAUGGGACGUUCUAGCAGAAGAAGGCUUUUUAAUCUUUUGUUUCUGCAGGAAUGUCUUGGCUCUCUGCUAUGGCCCGAAGGUCAGGUAGUCUUUGAGACCAUUGGUGCUCUGUAUUCACCUGGUUCCCCCUGCCCUCCGGAUGCUUUUAUCUUUUCUCUUGCAUCCUGUUCAUUUGUUUUGUCCUCACUUCUUUUGUUUCCUGACCUUGUUCAUCCUUGCUGCUUUUUAAAGCUGUUACAAACCAGAUGUCUCAGGAUAUGAUGCUAAUGAUGAUCAAUGUCUCUCUUUUUAAAGUUAACUUUAAAACUUUAUUUUUGUACUGUUAUUUAAAAAACAAUGGGGUGGGUUGUUAGAAUAAGAUGAAAUAUUGUAUUUUCCAGUUUCUAAGCAGCACCCUCUAAUUGCUGUAUGUUCUGCUAUUUGGCAAAAUACUGGAUUACUUUUCUUACCCUCCUGGUAUUGUUGGGAAAUGCACUUUCGGGAACUAAUUUUUCAUGGUCCCCAAAAUUGACUUUUCAUGCUGUCACAGCUUCCCCUGCUGGGGAGAACAAAGUAAAACAGACAGAACUUUCUUCUAGCCUUGCAAGUUUCAGGGUUGCUCAGUGUGGGAAUAGACGAAGUUCUGGAAAGGACCCCAGGAGUUUUUAACAAUGAAUGUCCUGCAUCCUGCUGCAAAUGGUAAUCCCUGUUGCUCUUUGUGGGCAGCCAUCUCUAUUAAAUGAGUUCUAACAUUUUGGCGUGCAGGAAUAUCCUUGCAGUGUGAAAAAGAAGAAGCAUAAAGAGAUGCAGUCCCUCCAAUCUUUGGUCUUUGCAUUGCACAUUGUGUUUUUUGAGAGUUCCAUUUUUAGCUGCAAAGGGCAGCAUAAGUUGUGUAAGAAAAUACAUCUCUUUGGGUAGAAAGAAACCAGCUGGAGUGUUUCUCCUUCAGUAGAUAUGCUUCUAGAUGGAGAACUUGGCUUGUGUUCAAAUAACAAUUCUUCCUUGGGAGCAAAUCCAAUAAUAAGUCUUACGCCUUUAGACUGAGAAGGAGAGUGUUGUCCUUCUUGAACAAGAUUUUAUUAUUCCUGAAAGUACAUCACUAAGCAAAUCACAUUCGCUUGGUGUGAACUGCACCAGAUUUUACUGAAACACAGCAGUGUCUGAGAAGGUCAAGAGAGGUGUUGCAGAUUGGGGAGGGGCAAUCCUGUAAUGCAAACCCCAUCACUUUUGUACACAUCCUGUGACAUCAUAAUAUGUACCAAAGGGUAGGCUUUGCAGUGCAGUUUGACUUUUUUUCAAUGUGAUGAAAACAAGCUGUGGUGGAUGUUACUGCUGAAACAUACCCCAUGAAGAUCUAAAGGCAAGCAAACUGCAACAUGACAAAUAUUUCAUUUUCCUUCUAAAUCUCUGUUGCCAGAGCAAUUUUUCCAGCCUGUUGUAAUUCAUUAGCUUUUCCAGAUUUGCCAUCUGGUAAGCAGAACAAGGGAGUGGGUGGCAGGAACUCCAAGAGAAGAGGAGCUGAUUUUGUUUUCUUUAUAUGUGUACCAUUCAGUGGAAGACCUGAAAGCAUGUCCAAGCGGGCAGCUUUAAAGAUAUACAAAUGUCCUCUAGCAUGCAACUAGCCAGCCCAGGGAGAAGAAGAUGGAUUUGACUCAGCAAUACCGUUGGUUUGAUUUUUACCUGGCUGAUCAAUUUCACUUCUGUUUAUCUUGCGGUUGCCAUCUGUAUGGCUGUUUGGAGAUACCUUUUUUUUAAAAAAAUGUCCUUAUGGAAUAGAAAUUAGGAGCAGAAAUAUAUAGUGGAGAGAUGGAGAUAUGUGUCCUCUAAUCCUGCCCCUUCCAACCUAUUGUAUAAUUCUGUUAAAUUUCUAUGGGAUUGGGGAUGGUUCACAAAUUCAGGUUCCCAGAUACACAACUGUAACUGCAAUUGCCAAAUAUUUUUUUUACUCGCAUUUUCUCCAUCCCAAAAAGUCAGGCCGAAGGGAAGCUCAUAUAUUCUUCCCUAUACCUUUUCUUUUUCAUGAUACUUGAGAAGGGCUAGUCACAAUACUCUAAUGGACAAGCAUCUGCCCUUUGAAACACUUGAAUGCAUGCAUUUCUGCAUGCCCACACAGCCACCUAUGUACAUGCUUCAUUUCAGUGCUCCAGGAACUAUCAUAGCCAUUUAUGUAAAUCAACAGGAUAAAUAUUACUUCUAAUAUAAAGCCACACAUUUACUACAAAGAUAUCCAUAAUUCUGUUAAUUGAGACAGCAAUUUUUAAAUUGUGUCCAAGGAUGCUGUGUAAAAACUCUUGAAUAAAUUUCACUAUCUCAUUA